AUGUUACCAGCAUCGAAUUCCGAUGAUUUCCCCCCACCACCACUUUCUGGAAAAGCUUUUGCGCAAACUGCAAUACCGUACUCGAUACUGUUUGUUAUUGGAAUACUAGGAAAUACGGCUGUUUUGGUAUAUGUCUACUUCAUCAUCAAGUCUCUGAAAUCGUCGGUGACUGCGCUUGGCAACACAUUUGUUUACGUUGUGGCAUUAUGCGCUGUCGACCUGCUGGUUACGGUCUCAAUACCGUUUUCAUUAUCGAAUACAAUACUUAAUAACUGGGUGUUUGGUGUAUUCGGAUGUAAAUUACAUUGGGCGGUCGAGCUCUCCAAUAAGAUGUGCUCGACAUUUAUUCUAACGGCUCUAGCUUUUGAUAGAUAUAUGGCCAUAUGUCAUCCAGAGAAUAAACGGGUAUUUUUUUUUCAGGUUCAUCAAAUGAAGCAGACCAUAGCGAUUACGAUCUUCUUAGCGUCUCUAUCGAUAGCGCUCAUUCUGCCAGUAGUGAUUUCAGCAACUGUACGAUCUUUCACGGGUCUCGGAUACUAUAUCUCUCAAGAUGAGGUGGAGAAGCACAGUGUCGUCAAAUACAUGUGCGUAGACGGAAUGCGACGUGAUGUGAAAUUGCUCGUCGUCGGCUUUCUGCUCGUAUUUGCCUUUAUCUUACCUUGCACACUUAUUACAUUUUUCUAUACGAAUAUCAUUAUUCGACUACGUCGCCAACAAAGGACCAUGUCACAAUCGCGUAUUCCAGUGCGGCGGAUAACAAUUUAUACGCUGGUCGUGACAUUGUUCUAUUUGUUUUGUCAGAUACCAUUUUGGUUACCACAAAUAUACGGUAUCGCGUGCAUGGUAUUCGGAUGUAAAAUUGGUUCAAGCUACAUAAUUUUGACGUACUAUUCUCACUUAUUCCCAUUUAUCUCUGCGGCUAUCAAUUGGGUUUUCUACGCCCGUCUCAAUAGCCAGUUCAAAAAGGGCCUUGUACUUGUUACUGAACGAUUGAUACGGAAGCGAACCAGAUCGGCCCAAAACGGAGCUUCUCGAGAGCGGGACCACGAUGACUUGGCUUUGGAUCUGAUUUCGAGGAUGGAUGAUGUUGUGGCGAAGUGUCCAAAUUGUGAAGUGAGGAUAAAGUAG